AUGUGGCUGCCGGAGCCGCAGCCCGGCCCCGGCUCGCCGGACUGCCCUGACCUGCUGCAGCACGUCCCGGCGCUGCGCUCGCCGGCCACCCCGCUGUACCUCAGCUUCUUCGAGGAGGAGUGUCGCGCCAUCGCCGCCCGCCUGCGCCUCGGGGCGGCCGCGGAGCCCUCGCCGGGCCCGGGAGAGCUCAGCGGGCUGCAGCCCAAGCCCCCCGGACCCGCCACCUCCACGCCGCUGCCCUUACCGAGCCACGGGCGGCUCCCAAACUCGAGCGCGGGCGAUUGCGAGGCCGCUGCUGCCCCUGGCCCGGCGCCAGUUCCGACCCCGGGGGAGCUCGGAUGCCUCCCGCAGCCCGCGGCCGGCGGCGCCCUCCCCGCUCGCACGCCCGCUGUGUCCCGGCGGGCGCGGCGCGGCCCCGGGCAGCCCUCCGGCGGCGGCCCCGGCACCCCUGCCCGCUCCCCGGGCCGCGGCCGCGCCAGGCUCGCUCUGCCCCGCGCACGGGCCUCGCUGGGGCUGCAGCUCCCCGCGGCCGGCACAGGGCGCGGCGCCUGGGAAACGCGGCUCCUGCGGCCCCCAGGGACCAGGCUGAAGCUGACGUCGCCUGCCAGGUCCAGGCUUCAACGUGCCGGCGGGGCUUCGCAGCAGGCACAGCCUUCCAGCCUUCCCAAACUCGUCCCCCGGGCCAGAGGGGUGAAAAGUAAUUCUGCACCUGCCAGUUGCCUCGCGCGAAGCAGGGAAGCACCUUUCUACAGGAAUUCCUACUGUGGCUUCCCGCUCCUCACUGAGGCCUCCGGAAAAAGUGAUUUCGUCCAAGCGUUUUUGCCUCAAUAA